AUGGCCUCCCUCCCGCCUUAUCCACUCACUGCGAACGGAAAAGAGGAUCGAUGCUACCGAAGAAUGCAUUGCUAUUUUCUAGCAACAUUCCGCGAGGCUUCUGCGGCUACCAAAAUGAAAAACUUUAAACCUUUGGUGGGAUAG